AUGGUUGAGGUUUUAGACAUUGAAAGGAGGAUGGAGAAAAAGAGUAGGGAGAGACAAGACAGAGCUCUGGUGUUGAUGUUAUUCAAGAGGAUUGUAAACAAGUACCAAAGUUUCAAGAAAACAGGGCAGCAAGACCAUACUGAUAAUGACUUCCUCACUGUACUACUCCAAGACCACAUUGUAGGCCUCCAAGUCUUGCAUCAGAAUACUUGGGUUGAUGUUCCACCAGUCCCUGGAGCCUUAGUUGUCAACAUUGGAGAUCUUUUGCAACUUAUAACAAAUGACAAGUUCAAAAGUGUAAAGCACAAAGUGGUGGCUAACCAUAAAGGGCCAAGAGUAUCAGUGGCAUGCUUUUUCAGCACCAGUUUUCAGCCCUCUACAAGACUGUAUGGUCCCAUUAAGGAGCUCUUAUCUGAAGAUAAUCCUCCAAUCUACAGAGAAACCACAAUGCAAGAGUAUGUUUCUUACCUUGCCACACACGGCAUCGGUAGCCCUCUUCAGCGUUUUAGGCUUUAAACUUGGCGAUGCUGCUUUGAUGAAGCUUCUCCACUGAUACAGACACUCUGCUAAGAACAUUUUUGGCUUCAUGGAAAAUGUGUUUUAGUGUGUGGAAAAUUUGUAUACAGAACACACUAUUGUUAUUAUUACUCAUUAUAGUCAUACAAGUGAAUGUUAGGAAAUAUCUUUACAUUCACAUAUUUGAAAUACAAUAAGAAACAAAUGCUCAGAAGAGUAAUGGAAAUAUCAAA